AUGAUUGUAAAACUUUACACCAACGAUGACUACAUAAUGAUUUCAUGAGUUUUCCUGGAAGCCAUUGUCUUAAAUGCUAAAGAUACAAAGAAUUAGUUUAUUUAGUACGUUUGUAUAGCGUUCGUACUGAGAUCAGGCUGUGAUAUGGGAUCCAAAGUUGACGCUAAAGUCGUGUUAUUAGGCAAAGAAUACAGUGGCAAGACUAGCCUUGUGGAGAGAUACCUUCAUCAUCGAUUCAACGAAGGCGUCCCUUAUCAAAAUACUAUUGGUGCAGCAUUUGGAGCAAAUAAAGUUAUAGUUGGAAAUAAAAGCAUAACCCUUGGAAUAUGGGAUACAGCAGGCUCAGAACGUUAUGAGGCUAUGAGUAGAAUAUACUAUCGCGGGGCUAAAGCAGCUGUGGUUUGUUAUGAAUUGAUAGAAAAAUCUAGUUUUGAAAGAGCCAAAUUUUGGGUCAACGAACUCAAAACAUAUGAACCUAACUGUAAAAUAUAUCUUUGUGGCACUAAAUUAGAUCUUGCACAACAAGAUAAAAAGUUGCGAAAAGUAGACUAUCAUAUGACAACAGAUUAUGCUGAAGAAAUUGGUGCUGUGGUAUUUGAGACAUCAAGCAAAACAGGCCACAAUGUUGAAGAAGUUUUCUUUGAAAUUGCAAAAGAUUUUGCAAAGGAUGAGGAAGUUCCUAAUGAAAUAGAUGAUAAAGAUACUCUUCAACUCCAAGAAACAAAAGAUAAAAAAGUUGGUUGUUGUUGAUAAAGAAGUAAAAUGUUUUUCUGUUUAUAAAUGUGGCUAGUAAAAGCACUAUUGAAGUAAAUCGAAGAUAAAAAAGUGGAGCGAUUGCAGAAUACCCCAGCCCAGUCCAGUCCAUGUUUUACAGAUUUUUCUCAGUCCAGUCCAGUCAAUGUUUUAUAAUAUGCCACGCGGCUACGCAGUCAAAAUUAAUGCGUCAGGCUUCCUGUGUCGAGAACAAGGUAUAACUACGAAGUGGCUACGCGGCUACGCAGCUACGCAGUCAAUAUUAAGAUAUUCCGAACCAUAUUUUGGUAUCCCCGUGUAUUAAGACCCGUAGCCGUAGGCAACUGCCUACACAGUAUGAUCUGGAUAGGCUGUGAAGUAUUCCUGUUUGUUGAAGUUAUUCAGAACCAUAUUUUGGUAUCCCUGUGUAUCUUACAUGUAGCUGUAGCCAGUGGCUACAAGCAGAGACACAUUCAUGAGUGGUGGGGUAUUCUGCAAUUUAGCCAAUAUUCUAAUAAUAAUACAAUAGUUCUUUCAUAUUACUUUACUUUAAAAAUUUUCAAUUUGCUAUAUAUUUUCACUUGCUUUUUUAAGCAACCAAAGAAAAGAAAGAAAAAUUACUUUUCUCUUAGGGUUCAAAUAGAAUCUUUCAGUUUGCUCAAAGGUGCUAGGACAGACCGAUUGGGUURGUUAUAUAUCGGUGUGUUUGUUUCACUUAUUCGUAGAUACUAAAUAGAGUCCACUAAUAUAUGUUUGUUUCUAAAUAGACACUAAAUAGGGCUCACGAGAAGAAAAAAACAGCUAAAAACUAGUAUGAGCUGUGUCGGUGUUUCUAAUUAAACAGUAAUGAUAAAAAGGUAAAUUAUACACCGUGAAAAGAUGAAAAAACUGACUGACGUUUCGGACGAAGGACUAGCGUCCGAAACGUCAGUAAGUUUUUUCAUCUUUUCAUGGUGUAUAAUGCAUGUAUCCUUUUAUCAUUAAAAGUAAACGUCCUUUCCAACCAACGGUCCGUCUGGUUUGAAUCAGCCGUACGAUAUGAAUAUAUUUACCACGUCCACCAACGGUCCGUCUGGUUUUAAUCAGCUGUACGCUCUGAGUAUUUACCGCUGCACUACCGUGUAAAGCAGCGCCGGCGUCACUUCGUUAGCGAUUACUUUCUUUAAUAAGUUAAUCAAAUUUACCUUCAGUACAGUAAAAUAGACCGGGGUAGGAAAGCAAGAGCGGUUCUUUUGUACUCUCGUCUGCUCGGAUAAUCCAAUUAUUUUGGCAGGACCUAGGGCACUUCGUUUACACAGCAAUGACAGAUAUGACUUUGGCGAACGCAAAACGAAGGGCAUACCUACCUCUAAAGUAUUUGACUGUACUGAAGGUACAAUCCGUGUGUCCUAGCGCCCUUGGUUUGCUCCUAAUGGUUCUCUGCCAUAAACACCUUACUUUUAUAAAUGA